AAACAAGACGGCUAUGGAAAACGCUAAUUUUCGUUUCCGUAUAAUUAUAUAUAUAUUUACAGAUGCAACUAUGCGUAUUUCCUUGUGUAAUGUUAAGGACAAAUACUAAUUAUUAGGAGAUAUAUAGAGAGAGAAAAAGGAGUUUGCCUUCAAAUCCUAUCUGUUGUGAUUUGCACACAGAGAAUCUAAAAGGAGUUUCACAAAGCUAAGUACUGAAACACUAAUGUAUACAUACAAAAAUAGAUAAAACGACCUGCCGGAGGACGGCAACGGCGACGGCGACGGAAAAAGCGACGGCGAGGAAGAUUUGGAUUCAUGUUCGUAUAAAAUUUCAUCCAAUCUGUGUUUGUUAAGACGAGUGGUGCUGGUGCGCUGUAUUGGAGGAAGGCUUUGCUUGUUUGUAGAUGUCAGUCAUUUGGUAAUUGAUUUGAUUUGAUUUGAUUUGAUUUCUCCAUUGGUUGGAUAGCUUAGAUAUGUUGGAAGACCGUUCUUGUUUGGUUUCGAGAGGUUAUUCAGCAAAUUGUGGAAGGAAACACUGCUGGGCUUGUAUGAGUUGCCGGCAUAAUAAGAUUGCAAUCCAGAAUGGAAAACGGCCAUUAGUAAAUGAUCUCGAAGAUACAGAAGAUGAUGAAGAUAAAAGUAGUGCUAAUAAGUUGCCUAGUUUAUUGGGGGAUGACCUAUCUAUGGCAGCAGUUGAUCAAUCUGGAUCUGAUGGCCACCGUAUGCAUCGUAAUGGAAAACGGCCAUUAGUUUUCGAGAUUGAGGAAGAUGAACAUUUCACUAACAAGUUGCCUAAGCUAUUGGAGAAUGACCAGUCCGAUGAUCACCAGAAUCAAGCCGGGAAUGAUGGCGGGAAUGAUCCAGAUUUGGAUUCACUUAUAGAUGGGCUCGACAGGGACACAUCGAUCAGUUCUUUGAUCCGAUGUUCGAGAUCGGAUUACGGGUCAAUUGCAUCAGUAAAUCGGGGGUUCCGUAGUUUAGUGAGAAACGGAGAACUCUACAAGCUUAGACGCCAGAAUGGUGUGGUUGAGCAUUGGGUGUAUAUCUCUUGCGAUCUUCCCGCAUGGGAAGCUUUUGAUCCAAAUCGGAACCGUUGGAUGCAAUUGCCGGCCAUGGAUUCAAACGUGUCGUUCUUGUAUACAGAUAAAGAAUCAUUGUGCGUUGGCACUGAACUGCUUGUAUUCGGAACAGAGUUCAUGUUAAACGUCAUAUACAAAUACAGUCUUUUAACCAAUUCAUGGUCAUCUGGAAUGCAAAUGAAUUUCCCGAGAUGUCUAUUCGGUUCCGCCAGCAACGGCGAGAUCGCAAUUAUAGCUGGAGGAUGCUCCGGCGCUACUAUCCUCAGCAACGCCGAGAUGUAUAAUUCCGACACCGGAAUCUGGAAACCUCUCCCUUGUAUGCACAAGCCGAGGAAAAUGUGUUCCGGCGUGUUCAUGGACGAGAAAUUCUACGUAAUCGGAGGAAUCGGAGGAAAUGGAGGGAGUGAUUCGAAACUUCUGACGUGUGGUGAAGAAUUUGACUUAGAAACCGAAACGUGGACGCAUAUUCCGAACAUGUCUCCUGUAAGGAUCUCUAGGGAGAAUGAGAUGAUGCCGGCGACAUCGGAAGCGCCUCCUUUGGUAGCUGUUGUUGAUAAUGAAUUGUAUGCGGCUGAUCAUGCGGCCAUGGAGGUGAGGAAGUAUGAUAAGAGUAGUAGGGAGUGGGUUACUGUAGGGAGAUUGCCGGAGAGAACUGCGUCUAUGAAUGGAUGGGGAUUGGCGUUUAGGGCUUGUGGAAGGCGUCUGAUAUGUAUUGGAGGACCGAGAGCAGCGACUGUGAAUGGAUUUAUUGAAGUGAAUUCAUGGAUUCCAAGUGAAGGUCCUCCCGGUUGGAAUUUGCUUAGUAGGAAACAAUCUCCUACUUUUGUUUAUAAUUGUGCUGUUAUGGGUUGCUGAAAUCAAUCAAUCAAUCAAACAAACAAACACUCGAGAAUCAAGAUGAUGAAUUGAUGAUCAUACUCUUCUCUGCUUGCUUAAGGGGUAAACUUACUGUCACUUUUUUCAUUUUUUUUUUUCAGUUUUAAACUUUUUUUUUUUUUUUACUGUAUUUCCCUGCUUGGUAUGGGGGGCGGCAGAGGAAGAAGGGAAAAAGAAACCUCAAGUUUACUCAAGAUUCAACACAAUGUUUUAUCUGGAGGAGGGUCUUGAUUUAUACUUUUUAAAGAUGUAUCAUUUUUUUUAACCAAUUGAAUUCAUUCCCCCUCUCCUGUUUC